ACCCUCGAGCAAACCACAACUUAAAUCCGUCGCGUCGUUGCACAAGUAGUUCGCUGAUUUCAGUGCAAGGAAAAAAAAGUGGUUCAGCGUUAUCAAAAUGGCGAAAUUUCUGGUUUUGGGUCUGGUGAUUCUGGCAGCGAUUGCAGCAAUCGAUGCGGCCUCUUUUGGUCAGUGUCCAGUGGCUUCCAAGGUGCAAACUUGCACCCCGAAAUGCUUGAGCGACGUAGAAUGCAGCACUAGCGGAGGAAAGUGCUGCCCAAACACUUGCAACUAUAAAUCUUGUGUGAGUCCCAACCAGCUAUCGCAGAGUGGAUCAAGUGGAAACAAGUAUCAAUCAGGAGGAGCCGGUACAUAUUGCGGAAAUGUAAAGUGCAGCGCUUACGAGAAGUGUGAUUUGGACAAGACCACUAAACGUCAGAAGUGUGUUCGGUCUUAAAUUUGAUUUGCUCAAAAAUAAUUCAACAUCGUGGAAGUAAUAAACAGUCAUCUAUUAUGCAUU